AUGCCGUUACUCCUCCCGUCCAUCCUUUCCAACACCACAAAACCCCCAAGCCCCGUCCUCCUCCUCGAGUCCUCGCUCACCGCAACAUGCCUGCCCCUCCUCCGCGCGAUACUAAGUCGCAAGCACAAUCCUCAGCGAAAGGGCACGGUGCUCCUGAUAUGCCUUUUGUACCCGCCGAGCUCGCUCGUAGGUGCGGAUGAGGAUCCUCAGGUAAAGGUCCUCGAUAGGACGGGGAAUGUACCCGGGUACGACGAGGAGUGGACGGAUCCGCGCGAGGAGAUACUCAACCUCAUCAAGGACGCCCCGCCAGGCCCGCUCGAAGUCAUCAUAGACUCGGCCGACACGCUCGCCGCAGACCUGCGCUCCGUGUCCGCUACCACCACCUUCCUCUCCGCGCUCCUGACCCUCCUCGAAUCGCGCCCGGCCCCCGCCCGCCUAACCCUGCACCUCCAUUCCCCCCCAACGCCCCCCUCCCCCAGCCCGACGCCCCUCCUCCCGCUGCUCGCCCAAACGCGCUUCUCCCCCGCGCUCACGCACCUCACCGCGCACCCGCCCGCGCUGCUCGCGCACAUCGCGGCGGCGUACCUCACCCCCCCGCCGCCGCUCUCCGCGCCGGAGCGCUUCUUCCGCGUGUUCGCCCCGCUCGCGGCGCGGCGCGGCGAGGUCGAGCGGCUCGUGCUCGGCGGGGACGGGGCGGAGGGGGAGGGGGAGGGGGAGGCGGUGGUGGAAGUGGUCGUGCGGAGCGCAGGCGGGCGGAGGGGCGUCGAGCGCGUGCUGGAGGGGUGGAAAUCCGGCGCGGCGUGCUCGCUCGCGGAGAUGGACAGCCUGCGGCGCGUGUUCGCGCGGAAGGGCGGCGCGGGCGCCGAGGAGCAGCAAGCGGCCGCGGACCCGGCGCACGGCGUGCCGUUCAACCUCAGCCUCACGCCCGAGCAGCAGCAGGCGCGGGCGCGCGUGCCCUUGCCGUACGCGCACGAAGGCACGCGUUCCCCGCACCCCCCUAUCCACUCGACGCCGCGUGCUGAUCACAUCUUCUUUCGUGUUCUAGGGCAAGCACCCGCGCCCGCUGCGCCCCCCGGGGCGAUAUACUACGACCCCGAUUCGGCGGACGACAUCGACGACGACGAUCCGGAUGAGGACCUGGACAUAUAG